ACGAGUGUGGCUGCUGCUUCAACAUGUCUGCGCCACGCUUCGGCAUCAAGGACAAAGCCUGCACCAACCUGACAUACUACCCCGACCAGUACGCCCUGAGCUUCACCAUCUCAAUCGACGACAACGUUGUCCUGAAUCGAACUGUGUCAGGCCGCGAUCCGCCGCCCAUCUGCUGGCCCGAGCAGCUGGCACAGCUGUGCGUCCGCUUCUACAACAUGACCUAUCAUCGGGCGGAGGUGGACGGCUGCGUGCGGCUCGAGGGCGUCAUCGCACACGAGGUCAUCGUCAGCUACAACGUCGGCUGCUACGUGCUCGAAGACGAUGCCGUCAAGACGCGCAUCUCGGGGCUCCGUCGAUUGCUUGUUGACGCAAUCCGCCGCCGUAAGCGCCCGGAUCUCUGGCCAGAGGGCGUCAACGACGUUGGCGACAAGAGGGAGAGAUGAUGUGCUCCUUGUUA